GGCGUACGCCAGUCUCGCCGCGAGAUCACUGGUGCGUGUGUGUAUUUCGUGAAAUAGAAUUCAGUGUUUAUUUAUUAAUAUUUGGAACAUGUUUUAAACUAAAUAAGAAUGACUGAUUACGAGCGCAUUAAGAACUCGUGCCUCCAGCGGGCGGUGCUCUGGGAAGAUCCUGACUUCCCAGCGAAUCAGACUUCGGUCUUCUAUUACCAGACGCCGCCGUUCAAUUUCGUCUGGAAACGCGCCAAAGAAAUAUACACCAGUCCGACGUUUGUCUUAGACAAAUGUGAGACUUUUGAUGUGAUACCUGGAAAAUUAGGAGACAAAUGGCUGGUCUCGUGCCUCGGGGUAUUGUACCUGUGCAAAGGUCUCUUCUACCGAGUGGUCCCGGCAGAUCAGCGCAUGGAUACAUCAUACGCAGGCGUAUUCAGGUUUCGACUGUGGUGGUGCGGUCAGUGGCUAGAAGUCCUUGUAGAUGACCGCCUCCCGACUGUGAAUGGGAAACUGGCUUUCUUACAGACCAGUCAAACGGAUCAGCUUUGGCCAGCUCUCCUAGAAAAAGCCUACGCCAAAUUGCACGGCUCAUACGAAGCGUUAAAGUAUGGUAGUUUGUUGGACGGAUUGGCAGACCUCACCGGCGGCAUCACGGAGUCUAUCGUAAUGCCAGAGCUGUCCGACGGCAGUGCUCUCAGAACUCUACUCGAUACGAGCAGUGUGGUCACCGCACAUUACUUUCCACCGCCAGCUGAAGAUAAAACUGCGACAAGUUUAGAAUUAGAAAUGAAUUAUAGGAUUUAUGAUGUACAAAAAGUCGACACAACAAACGAGCCCGUCUACUUGAUUCGGUUGCGGCGACCCCUGGGCCACGGGGAAACGCCGAUAUCACACAUUGUACUAGAUACGGCCUUAUGGAAAACGAUUCCGCAGUACGAGAGAGACAGACUGAUGAUCGCGUCUAAAGGCGUCUGGAUGCUGUUCAGUGACUUCCAGCGCCUCUUCCCCCGGAUCGAGAUGGUGCACUUGGACACGGAGACCAGCCGAGCGGAGCUUUCGCUGUCCGAGAAACAGAAGUGGCAGAUGAAGAUGCACCAAGGCGGCUGGAAGAGGGGCGUAUCUGCUGGAGGAUGUCGGAAUUACGUCAAUUUCUUCCACACGAAUCCCCAAGUUCAAAUCAUGUUGAACGAGCCAGACACUGUGAUUAUAUCUCUGAACCAACACAGCAUAAUGGAGCCUAAAGUAAUUGGAUUCAGCGUUUAUAAAAUGCCAAAGUUUCUUACCGAGACCGCCAACCAAAUGUUUUUCAAGAGGAUCAAAAGCACGAUCAACUCGCAGUACACUAAUAGCAGACAAGUCAGCCAGAGGUGUCAGUUAGAAUCGGGAGCGUACCUCAUAAUGCCAACGACCUUUGAGCCCCGAGAAGAAGCGCAGUUCACGCUAAGGAUCUAUUCGAACAAACCACUUAAAAUGAAAGUACUGGACGACCCGCCCCAGAUGACGAAAGCUGCCUUAGUCAAAGCUCCCCCGGGAUCGGAUUCGAACGGAUUUUUCCAAUACGAGACCUUGUUUCUUCAGCUGGCCGACGAACACAGAACCAUUGAUAUAUUCGAGCUGCAAGAGCUACUGGACGCGUGCCUCCCGAACGAUUACAUCAAGAGUUGCGUGUCCAUAGACACGUGCCGACAGAUCGUUCUGUCUAUGGAUAAGAAAGGCACGGGUCGGAUAUGCUUGUCCGACUUCAAGGAUCUGAUCUGCAGUCUCAAGCAUCUGCAGCUCGUGUUCAAGACUCACGCCCGUGAGAAGAUGGGGGUGUUGAGGGUGGAGCGAUUGCGGGACGCUCUCAAAGACGUCGGCUUCAUUGUACCGGAACGAGUCAUAUCGUUAUUGGUGUUCCGGUAUAUGAGGAAAGAUGGGAUGCUGCGUUUCGGUGACUUCGUGUCCGCCGUCAUGCACUUGCACAGGGUGUUCGAAUUAUUUUACACAAACGACGGCCGUCGCCCCGGUUCCGAUGCUGUGCAACUAAAUCUUUCAGAGUGGCUGAAAAACGCUCUGAUGUGCUAGCAACACAACGAAAGACGCUCAAUGAAAAACUAUGCGACGGCAUAUUUCGGAAGCGUUCGAUGUACAUUGCGCGCCGAUAAUAAGUUGAAUGCUUUUAGCGAAUUUGCCAGUGGUACCAACCGUGAGAUAAAACGAAACUUAUUCCAACUUUUGUUCGUAGUGAAUACGCUCUCAGCCCGUACAAUCGUCGCGCUUAUUAUGUUUUAAACAUGGCGGCGUUUGUUCUAAGCGAACGUCAUAUUUUUAGCGAAUGUAGAACUUUCUAGAUCUUGGUGCUAAGUACCAUUAAGUUAGUUAUAGACUAAACGUUGUUGUAAUUAAUUUUAUUUACAUGUAAGUUAAUGGUCCAUCACAAAGGUAUUUUGCAAUGUAUUUCAGUGAUGACAGGUAUGUUGUAUGUUUAUGUAUAUGUUUUAACAACAUGUUGUAUUUUAGCAAUUGUAAAUUAAUUACGUUUAUAGUUAAAGUUUAUGACUUCAUACAACCCGAAGUCGUCAGAACUGACUUCUGACUCUGCCAACUACGGAUUUAACAUUUUGAAUGCCAUGGCGAAAAUUCACCACAGCCUUCGCAAUGAGAAUUGAUUUAUGAAUUAUGAUUUUGAUACGAUAAUCUUACUUUUAUUUGAAAAACCCUACACAUCGCGAGUUUUAUUUUGGUAUGAUGGUAUUAUCGAUUGGCUCGGAGUUGUGUCCAGCUUCGGUGAAUAAUUCAAGGGCUUAGAUAAGGGUAGGAUAGCGGGCUACUAAGACUGCGCCAACGUCUCUGAUGUAUGAUGAGAGCUCAAGACAGCUACUUCAUGAGACGCGUUUGGAAUCGCGAUCUACUGGAAGAUCAGCUGAUGCUCAGUGUACUUAGUGAGUUUUUUAUACCGUAAAAGUUAAUAGUAUGCAGAUGGAACAGCGCCCCUAGCGGCAAACGUUGGCAAAUGUUCCAACUCCAUACAAAAUUAAGUUAACUUUUACGCUAUCGACAACGUUAAAAAACUCGCACUAAACACACGACUGAGUGUCAGUAGACAUCCGUGAAGAUUAGCGAUUAGCUAUACCUGAUUCUAGCCAGUACCUCUUUACUAGUAGCGUCCAACAAUACUGAAACUGAAUCAGUGGGAUCCUUGAGGAUGCGUCCUGAAUCGGAGUCAGGCGUGCGACUAUCAUAAUAAGGGACUGUGGUGUCGCGAAGUAUCGUUCCUGCGUUACCUUCGUAUACCUACGAAUGGUGAAUGUCGAUGUCUUGUAUCAUGAAGUCGAGUAUGAUCGACCUAAGUUAAAGUUAUUAGGACAACAACCCUUCUAUCAGUGGUAGGGGAUCUUCUGAGAACUAGGUCCGACCACCAGGCUUAUUUUAAUGAAGCCGUAAUGCCUUCCGGUUUGCAACAGUUGAAUUAUGAUCCUCGCUGUCCCAGGCUUGAGAUGAAACAUGUAACAUUGAGACAUUUGAGGAUGCAUUGCUAUUUGCGUGGACCUAUAGGUUACUGAUGACGACCCUUGUAGCUAAAAGUAAGUAUUGUACUUUUUGAUGAAGCAUGUUGCUGAUAACUCUGUUUCUAUAAUCUAAUAAUAGUAUGUUAAAAAAAGUGUGUAAAAUAUAAAUGAAAUUGAUUGGAAAAUUUCUUUGAGGAUCGACUCAAGCUGUUGAUACAAUGUGAUGUGAUCACCGAUUACUGUCGUUUGGUAGUUAGCAUGUUAUUAAUUUUAUUUAUGUAUUUCACUUUAUAUUUUGAUAUAGCACUGAGCCUGUAUCAUAGUUUAAUAUAAUUGUUCCGAACCAGACGUUCUAUUUCACAGGAGAGUUAGAGGCUGGCUUUAUAAUACUGUUGCAUCACAAAUAUUAAAGAAUACUCAAAGCAUUUAAUGUAUGUAUUUAUUAGAAUAUCGUAAAAAUUAAGGCGAUGCGUGCUUCGAUUGUAAUAUGAUUUUUAAUCACGCUCGGCCUGCCUUAACGAUCUCCCUGUUUUAAAGUAAUAUUUAAGGUACAUAUACGCACGUUUAGGUCCUGUAUAUUGUUAAAGAGAAAUAAAACGCAUUUAUUUUACAUUUUCAUUGGUUUUUUUAUUAUUUUUUUUGGUUGAUACGCAAAAACAUUUAUAAACAUGAAUGUUGACACCGAAAGAUUAAUAUUACCACAUGCAAUUUCAGAGUUUACGACAAAGUUAAAUAUGUAAUUACUAAUAAUAAAUAGCUCCAGCACUCUCCAGAAACGCUUUAAUAGAAUUUACCUUUUAUCUUUUUCUUUUUUUUAAAUCAAACUUUAUAAGAUUCCUUUGAUCACAUUAUCCUUUUGUUUUUAUUUAUCAUUCUUUAUUCCUUUCGGAGACAAUUUUAUUGCAAUCAUUACAAAAUUCAGUUAAACGAGAGCCCGCAGACAUUCAAGAUGUUUUUAUACAAUCUCAAUUUAUACGUAUAUUUUUAUUGUUCGCUCAGUUUAACUUGCCUGAGUGCUGGUAGCUGACACUCGAUUAUAUAGUAAUAGUCUACAACAUACAUUUAUUUACUGAAUAGACAUUUAAACUGCUUUCAUAGACGCGCCGUUAUGCCUUCCAUGUCCAAACGACUCCAUUCCGAAUCCUUGACAGUCCCUAUCGCCCUAUCAUAUGAAAGCAGUAUUAGUUUGAUUAAUGCAAUACCGAUACAAUAUUGUGCAUAUCCAUAAACAGCUUACACUAUAAAGAUUACAAACGAACUGCGCUAGCGAACGACCCUGCCUCAAUCGAGAUGCGCUUUGCCAAUCUUUACGCCGUAACCAAACACUAUCGGUGUACUGUGCUUUCAAAACUUUGUUAAGACUCGAUGAAGCGCUCGGUGUAAUCUCUAACUUUGAAUCUGUUCGAUGCUGCUCUUAGACGAAAUACUAUUUCGAAAAAAAUGAUCUCCAAUUAAAUUCUCGAGCGUGCAAAGCUUCUCUUGUCGCGAUGUUUUUCGGUGACGAAAAAUUCGGCAAGGAUGUUUUUUUUUCUCUUUUUUUAAUGUGAUUACGUUCUUAAAUUGAAUCGAUGUUAAAAAGACACACACACACUGAUAAGUAUUUCAUAUGUACUGUGUUCAUUCAAGGGUCGUUCUCUUGCACAGGUUCUUUACAUGGAUUAAUGAAUGUGGUUACAUUAAGAUAAGUAUUUAUAUUAAAAAAAACUAAAAAAGACAUUAUAAAAAACACAAAUGAAAAACCUUACGAAUAUCUGAUUGAAGCGCCGAUCCGUCUCCCAAGCCCAGCGAACACGGGCGUUUCAUUACAAUGCUCUUUAUAUCAUUUUCAUGAUCAGUAUCUCUCGAAAACGAUUACAAUAUACUCUUCGAUGUAACAGACGCUCAAUCAGACACAAAAAAUAUAAAAUCAAUAUAGUUAAAAUGAGAAACAUGAUUACUAGGUAAUGAAAACCGUAAAUUAUAAUAAUAAAAAUGACAUAUAGAAUAAAAACUGUAUAAAUCCAUCGUUUUACAAAAUACGUUUGUAUAAAGUACCGAAAACGAUAAUUAUUUACACAGAAUGCAAAAAAAUGACAGUUUAUAAAAACUACAGUUUUUUUUUUUCUUUUUUAAAUCUAACACCUUACAACUACUAGUACUGGAUGAAUACAAGUAAUAUUAAGACUGCACAAAUAUUGAAGAAACCAUCGAAAAAUUUACGAGUCAACGCUCCUACUUCCUAAGUUGUUAAAAACUCUUUUAGACCGUCUGGACUCACAGAGGCCUCCUACAUACUCACUUCCUAUUGACCUUGUAAAAAUUAUUACAUUUUUACUCUAAGUCGAUUAGAUGUUUACAUUCUCCUGAGUUAUCAUACCGUCACAAUAUGAGUCAUAUUGGAUUGAUCUUACAAAACGAGCUAUUCGCUCUUUACUUAGGACUGAGACGGGCGGUCCUUGAUGUAUGAAUCAUGGUUAAUAUGUCCUUGUCCAUGAUGCGCAUGCAACCGAAUCCCAAUGCUCACCAACACAAGCCUGUAUCGGAGGGCUAGGGCUCGGACAGUGCUACCCACCCGGUCGGGUCCUUCAUCAAACGCCCUACCACCUCGUAACCAUUCACGAUUUAACGUCUCAGGUACAACAUUCACGGGCCGUGAUAAGAACAGACAGACCAACAAUUCCGGCCAUUUAAGAUGGUAUACUAUUACCGCAUCCAACCGGCAGUAAUAUCAUUAUCGUAACGGAGGUGCCGGUCCGGUCGAGCUUAUUCAACUCUCUCCGUCGCUCAUUUGCAUAUCGAACUUCUGCAUCGACAAAACCAAGAUGACAACAUUCGGAAGCUUAACUUCCUCCGCCAAAUGCACUUCACCCAUAUUAUUUAUGGGUUGAAAUUAAGAUACGUAAAGUAAUGACGGCAUUAUCGAGAACGAAUUGGUUAAUUGAAACUAGAUUGAAGAUCACCUGAAUGAAAUGUCGCAAAAUUAACUAACGUAAGUACAUAUAAAUCGGAUGCAGGAGUGGAAACUAUUAAACUAGAAUUACAAGAAAACCUUAUUUCGUGGAUUUCAAACGGUGUAGGUUAAAUCAAUCAAAAAACGAUUACCGUAUAACAGAUUAACACUCACUGUGCCACGUUAUUUAGUGAGAACAUGAUCGGAGCGCUGAAGUCUAACGGAGUCUAAAGUAUUCGGUGAUGACGAUAUUGAAGUUAAUGAGGUCAAGAAAACCGACAAAUAUCUUUAAAAAAAAACGAUUAAUAUUCGAUAGUCUAGUUAAAGAAAAUACAUACAAAUUGACUUCGAAUGAGGAGUGCUAUUAAAGUGGAUCCGUAUUAAACUAUUAAAACUCCAGAAAAGUUCACCCGACACUCCACAACCUGACACAGUGCGUGACACGUUAGCAUACAUACCAGACCGAACGCGAUAUAACGACCUAUUUCGAACUUUAAAUCCGCUUAAAGCCCGAAACACUUCAGAUGCAUCGGACAGCGCGAUCGGGUAUAGCGAUGCUACUACAACUUUAACAUCAUUACCGGAGAUAAGGAAUCUAUGGCACGCGCACAAACUUAACAAGUAUCAACGGAUUAAGGGAAUUUUUUGUUUUUUUUUUUCAAUUUUUAAUUUAGAAACGAAUGAGGAAUAACCAUCGAAGACAUCAGUUAGAAAAGAGAUUAUUGAAGGAACAGCGCGUAGCCAACGAUUCGAAAACACUCAUCUGUCAACAACGUUAUAUACCAACAUUUUAACAAUUUUAACACUUAAGUCUAUGCGCCAUAUUAACAUUUCCGAUACCAGAACCAACAUACAACACACAACAAACGCUUAUCGCUACACCUUACUUCGACGGUUAUCUACCUCUAAUCUGUAUCACUAGUGCAAGCAAAAUUUGAGGUAUUCGGUUCGUUAAUCUAAUUGCUAAUAUCUCUAUCCGAUCUUAAAAUAACGGGUGUAUGUCCUUCAAAAUCCGAAACCGACUAAAACGUAAGGGCCGUGAACGAGGCAGUGAUUAUCAUUAAUUUUAUAAUUUACUUAUCAUUAUGAGGUAGAAAAGCCGAAAGUACCUUAUAAACUAGUCUUACACGUAGAACCUUACAACAUACAGAAAAAGAAAAAGUAACUCCUUAAGAUGUUUUCGCAACUGAUGUUAAUUGCAAUUUUAUGGAAUUUUCAUCUAUUUUAUGCUUAUUUUAUAUUUUAUGUGUCUUAAAUCUUAUAUUAAAUCUUAACAAUAAAUCGAAUAGACCAAAAAUCAAAACACAAUUGAACAUAUAGACAGAAGUAAAACUCAGGCCCGCAACUAAACUAGAAACCAUCCACCUUUCUAACCGUCCCCCGUUCCCACAGAAGGAGAUUUAUUCUUCUUCUGAACACUCGUAAUCCCCCGUAAAACAAACAACAAACAUAAAAAAUCGGUGGCGUGCGUAGAACAGAUCGUUAUGUUCUAGAAUGCGUCUUUAAAAAAUUAAAUAAAAAAAAAACAUCAUAAUGAAAUGAAGACAGACGCAUCGCCCUUUGAGGUAAAAGUUUUAAUACCUCGAGUGCACGUCGUUUAGUAGAUAUCUUACCUUAUAUUACCUGCGAGAACACAAGAUUGUGUGUCGCAAUACAAGAGUAAGACGGUGGUACUGAACUACUCGGACCCAGCACUCAAGGAUCCUCCCACCUGACUUAGAUGCUCAUUAACAUUUAUUCCCUUAGUCGCCUCUUACGACAUCCACGGGAUGAGAUGGAGUGGUCCUAUUCUUACCCGGGAACCACACAGGUGAUAAUAAAAAUACAAGAGUCCAGCCGCAAGCCUGAGGGUAUUUGAAAAAUGUGUGUUUUUCAUAUUAAUGUGAACGAUUUCGAAUUCUUCAUUAGGUCGAUUUGAUCUAAAAGAGGUUAUUUUCAACUAUUUACUUAAAGGCCUCACGGAUCUUACUUAAAUAAAAUCAAAAGCUAUGCAUUAAAUUAUCCCUAAGCUGUUUUUUUUUUCGUUUUUUGUUAAUUUUAAUGUUUUUUUUUAUUGUUUUCAUUUUUAAUUUUAAUGUUUUUUUUAUCGUUUUUAUUUUUAAUUUUUUUUUUAUUUUUUUGUUUUUUUUUAUAUACUAAUUUACAUAUUAUUUUGCCAUUCUUAAGUACAAACUAGACUUCCUGAAGUACAAUUAAUUCUAAACGCGACACGUAACUUCAAAACAGCUUAUAACUAUAUAUUUUUUUGUUUUUAUGCAAUUUUUUCCGUCAUUAAUUAAAUAAUAAAAAAACAUGAUGAAAUCAUUAUGUACGAAUCUGUCAUAAAUUGUUCAGAAUGCUCCGUUUAGCCCACUUACUAUAUUCUUAAGAUUAUACGACGAAAUGACAUUUAACUGCUUCUUCUGUUUAUCUUCAAAUAUAAUUACCGAACUAUCUCAAGAACCUCUCUUAGUGAGGCACAAUUAUAUUAAUUAGAAAUGUUUCUUACCCUUUAUUAAUUACUUGCCAAAUUCCUAUUUUACAGUUGUAGUAACAACAGACGACUAUAGACUAUAUUGAAAGUUUAGUUGAAAUUAAUUGUAUCUCUCUCUUUACACGCCCCACUAACAGAUGUCUCGCGACAGAGUUACCGAAACCUAUCGACUAUUUUUAAAUCUAAUUUUUUUUUUUAAUUUUUCCCUUUAUAAUUUUUUUUUUAUUUUUCCCUUUAUAAUUUUUUUUUAAUUUUUUCCCUUUUUAAUUUUUUUUCGCGUUUCCUUUUAAUUUUUAUUUUUUUUUCGCUUUUAAUUUACUAUUAUUACUAAAAUAAAUUUUGCCCGCUUAACAACUAAUAGAGUACUUCUUUACUUCUUUUUUUUUAUAUCCCGCUUCUUAUCGAUAAGACCAAUCACUAUGAACUAUGUUAUAUUACGACAUAAUUUGCGAAAUUAUCACUAGAACUACUUGUAAGGAAGCAUUGGUGGGCAAAAGUACC